AUGGCGUCGCGUAAUCGAUUGGCAGCCUCUACGGCUUCCGGCUUACUGAGGAGCUCGAGGCCACUGGCCACAAGAACAGUACCGCUCGCAGCUAUCCUGAAUGCGCCAGCCACGCGCAGCUUCACGCAGCUCAACUCGCGUUCCGCCCCAUCGUCCAACCCCACCAGCAUCUUCAACUUGGGCCAGCUCAACUCACAGGCUGGACCUCCUUCAUACUUUGGGUCACACAAGCGCUUGCCUACAAACACCGUCGUACGAUUUGUACCGCAGCAGACAGCAUGGAUCGUCGAGCGCAUGGGAAAGUUCAAUCGAAUACUGGAGCCUGGCCUAGCCGUCUUGAUCCCUUUUAUCGACCGGAUAGCCUAUGUCAGGAGUCUCAAAGAAAACGCGAUCGAGAUUCCUAGUCAGAGUGCUAUCACGGCUGACAAUGUCACAUUGGAGCUCGACGGCGUGCUCUAUACCAGGGUUUUCGAUGCUUACAAGGCAAGCUACGGUGUCGAGGAUGCCGAGUAUGCCAUCUCCCAGCUUGCGCAGACUACAAUGCGCUCUGAGAUUGGUCAGCUCUCGCUCGACCACGUCCUGAAGGAGCGUGCGAACCUGAACGCCAACAUCACCGCUGCAAUCAACGAGGCCGCCCAGGACUGGGGUGUCACCUGCCUGCGUUACGAGAUCCGUGAUAUCCACGCUCCUGAGCCUGUCGUCGAAGCCAUGCACCGCCAAGUUACCGCCGAACGAUCCAAGCGCGCCGAGAUUCUAGAGUCUGAAGGUCAGAGGCAGUCGGCUAUCAACAUUGCCGAAGGAAAGAAGCAGUCGGUCAUCCUCGCCUCUGAGGCGCUGAGGGCCGAGCAGAUCAACAUGGCAAGCGGAGAGUCUGAAGCCAUCAUGCUGAAGGCACACGCUACUGCCAAGGGCAUCGAUGCAGUCGCACAGGCUAUCGAGCAGGGGCAGGGCGCAGCACAGAAUGCCAUCUCUCUGUCCGUUGCCGAGAAGUAUGUCGAUGCCUUCGGCAACCUGGCUAAGGAGGGCACAAGCGUUAUCAUUCCCGGCAAUGUUGGCGACAUUGGUGGCAUGAUCGCGAGUGCGAUGGCAGUUUACGGCAAGGUGAACGAGUCGGCAAAGAGCACGGCAUCGAAGCUGGUGACGGGUGGCUCGCAGGACUCUUCAGAAUCUGCCAGGAAGAUCAAGGAGCUCGAAAGCCGUCUAAAUGAGGCCGAGAACGGUGCUACAAGCGUUCAGGACGAGAUCCACAAGGUCAUGGAUCAGAGGCUGAGGAAGUAG